AUGUCAUUAAUUCAUUUUGGUCUCGCUUGGUCAGCGAUUGGGAAGAUUGGGAAGAUUGGGGAGAUUGGGGAGAUUGGGAAGAUUGGGAAGAUUGGGAAGAUUGGGGAGAUUGGGAAGAUUGGGGAGAUUGGGAAGAUUGGGGAGAUUGGGGAGAAGAGCAGCAAAAUGGAGGGGGUGGAGGAAAGUGGAGUGACAAGGGACGCAGCAAAAUGGAGUGAAUGCAGUUGA